AUGGCGGAAAUGAGAGAACAAGCUCUCUACGGAGACUUGGACACCUCCGUCCCGGAAAUCAGGCUCCUCGCCCUUCUUCCUUCUCCCCAGCCCAACGCACCUCUCGUGGGGCAACUCCAGGUCGUGUCUCUGCAUUCUCCUCCGCCGUACGAAAGCUUGUCCUACGCCUGGGGUGCACCAGAGUUCACCGAACCCAUCGUCAUCAAUGAGCAGACACGGUUCGUGACGCCCAAUCUCGAUUCGGCCCUCCGUGCCCUGCGUCAUGAGGAAAUACCCCGGCUCCUCUGGAUUGAUGCCAUCUGCAUCAAUCAGAGGUCGCCCCAGGAGCGGGGUCAUCAGGUGACGCUGAUGCGAACCAUCUAUUCACAGUGUGAGCGCGACUUGCUGUGGCUCGGGCCGAACACGCACGUCGAGCAAACCGAUUACAUCAACCCAAGUGAGGAUCAACUCGGGGAGGGAAUGCGGUUGAUGAGGUGCAUCGCGGAUAAGGACAUGUCGGUGUUGGGGGUGAUGGGCCACAAAUGGGCUGCUUAUCAGACAAAAUGGCGAGAGCGGUGGUUACGUAGUUUGAAGCGACAACAGAGCGAAAAUGAUGUUCCCGAUGCUGAGCUAGCCGCUCGGAUAGAGCAAACGGAAGCAGAAUUAUCAAGCGCCGCAAAUGACUCAGACUCAGCUUGGCUCCUAUCAUACGCCGAGCAAACGGCACUUCACCAAAUUCUCACUUUCCCCACGGUUUGGAAUCGGCUGUGGGUGAUGCAGGAGCUAUCACUAGCUCCAAAGAUUCACCUUGUUGGGGGAAGACAUACGCUCGAUUGGGAUAUCAUCUCCGGGUUCUUGGGCGAUACACCGUAUGCAGAUGCCUUUCACGCGACAUACUCUCACAAUACCGUUCAGUCUUGUGUGGGGAGAAUAUUUGAAAACGUACAAAAGAUUGAUCAUCAACGUCGAAUUAUGAAGGAAAUCACUGCCGGGCACCGGGAGUCCAAGCUAAUGGAUGUUCUGGCGCGGUUUCGGGACACGCAAUCAAGCGAUCCGCGAGACAAGAUAUAUGGUCUAUUGGGCCUCGUCUCUGGCGAGACCAACAUUGAGAUCAGUUACGAGUUGACCCCUCAGCAAGUAUUUACCAGUGUUACCGCUGCUAUCAUCAAUGAGACGGGGAAUCUGGAUACCAUCUGCCAACGUCCUUGGACGUCUAACACUGGGUUUACAUCCUUUACAGAUGCCCAGGAAGGCUCAACGGGGCAAGAUAAGCUCCCAUCUUGGGCUGCUGAUUUCUCCAAAGGUGGUCAAAUUCACCUUUUUGCGCAGAGGUCAAUCUUCCAAGCAGGCAGGCCGUCUUGCAAGGUACCGUGCCAUGUGAUGAAUGGGAGCGUCCUCCACACAAAAGGGACGGUCUUGGGCCGAAUUGGUCCAAUAUUGCAGCAAGAUUCCGUCGAAUCACCGCAACAGGGCGCGGAUUCUACUUGGACCGCGCUUGAAUGGCUUAAGCUUUACCUAGGAUAUGAUGUCCUCGCCGCCUCCGAGUUGGAUCAUCCAUAUGUGACAGGUGAAACGGCUUUCACGGCCUUUUGGCGGACGAUGGUAGUGGACUGCGCGGCAUAUCCCAUGACCCGACUCACAAAAGAUCAAGUGGAAGAAGAAGACUCGGCAAUACGAUCAAAAUGGCUACAGAAACUGAACGAGUCAACUGGCCCCGAGACAAAGCCCAGUCACGAUGGCGAUUCAUUCAUCAAUCCUGGGAUUCACACAAUGUGGAUGCGCAUCACCUCUGACUGGGUGUUUUCAAUUACAACAAACGGGCUCUAUGUGUUGAUCAUGCCGCCGGCGAAGGAGGGUGAUAUCAUCGUCUGCUUGGAUGGGGGGAAGGUUCCCGUCGUCCUCAGGCCACUGGAGGAGACUUCCGGUGGCGAGAAGAAGAGGUAUCAAUUCAUAAACGUCGCAUACGUACAUGGACUGAUGGAUUUUGGGACCGGGGACUCGACGACUCUCCGCGAAAAGCUUGGGCUAGAAGAUCAAGAGUUUUGGCUUGUGUAG